ACCUCUACAUUUCAUAGGAUGGUAUUCGAGUCUCCGGUUCCUUGUAGUAUAAUUUGAAUGGAUCAUGUUGAGGAGUUUUUUCAGAUUCUAGUUAGGUGUGGGGUCUUUUCAAUUCUUUGUUGGCCAUUCACACCCAUUACUGAUUUAGAAAGCUAUAUCAACUUCUUUGAUUCGUAGGUUUCCUGCACGAGAGAGUCAGGAAUGGUAAAUUUGUAUAAACCAUUUGUUUUAGUACUGUAGAAUGUGAGGAUUGUACAGGCAAACUUUGUGUUCACAAGGUAGUGAGAUAUGAUGGAAAGAUGGAGAGCCUUUGCAGAUUGGAGUGGCGAGGAGAACAAGAUGUUUGAGACUGCAUUGGCUAUCUAUGAUAAGGACACUCCUGAUCGCUGGCAGAAUGUGGCUUCUAUGGUAGGAGGAGGGAAGAGCCCCGAUGAAGUCAAAAAACAUUAUGAGAUUUUGUUGGAGGAUUUGAACUGUAUAGAGAAUGGGAAAGUGCCCUUGCCAGACUAUGCAUUUGAUGACAAAGUAAAGGGUGUAAUUCAAGUUGAUGGGGAACGUGAGGAAGGAAAGGGAAAGGCCUCUCCUUGCCAAGACAUCCAUUGGACAGAUGACGAACAGAGGUGAAGCAAAGUCAUAAGUGAUUCCAGGAGAAAAUUUCUGUGAUGAAUAGGGAAGCAGUGCACUAUAAGAAGUGCAAAUGGUGAAGCAGAAAGAAGAAUACACUAAGGACAUAAAUGAAUGGAAGCAGAAGUCCUUGAUUUUGGUGCUCAGCCUAGCAAAACAACACACUAAACUGUAGGAGUGACAUUGGAAGUUGGAGAAAUUUUCAGGAAUGGAAAAGGAAAAGUCAUCCUAGGAAACUCAAGUGCUAUAGAUCCAAAGAGAUUAUGAAUUUGAGUCGGAUGUAUAAAAGGGGUUACUAGGAAAGCUCUAGAGGUAUCAUGGUCAGUAACAUAAGUGUAUCAGAUAUUGGAAUCAGACAAUGCAGUUCUUCAGCCCUAAGUGAGGUGUGAUGUUGAUGAAUACUGUAUUCUGGCCAUGUUGUGCAGUAGUUAUUGCAUAGUCUGGGUCAUUUCUCUGACAAGUCCACACAUAUUGUUUAUGUUGUCAACCAAAGUAUUGAAAUAUUUACCCAUUCCAUGUUUGAAAUCAUUA